AUGGCCCCAGCGCCGCAGCGGGAUGAGUCUCUGAGUGACGACGGCGACGUGGGCUACGGGGCUGAGUUGCCAAUGACCCGACCCACAGGCUACACCCCUGCGCCAUCGCCCUUUGUGGUGCGUGAGCAGGCCCGUGACGGAAACUGCCUCUUCCGCUCCUUCUCUGACCAGGUCUAUGGCUGCCCUGACUACCAUGCCCUGCUGAGAGACAGGUGCACAAAGUACAUCGCUAGCGAGCGAAGCUAUUUCGAGCAAUUCGUGGCGGAGCCAUUUGAAGAGUUUCUGGCACGGAUACAGCGCGAGGGCGAGUGGGGCGAUGAUGUGGAGAUUGAGGCAUUGUCCGAGAUUUACGACUGUCGGGUGGAAAUUUAUGCCUCCUACGGUCAUUCGCUGAUGCGGACGUUUCAUGAGGCUUGCGACGCAAAGUGGUCGCAGCCCGUGAGGCUGCUGUAUGAGGGCCAUGCGCACUACAACUCCCUGGCACCGCGAAGUGGCCUUUGCCCCAUUGCCCAACAGCUGCGGCCGGGGGAGAUGGAGGACGCUGCGAUCUGCAGAUCCCGGAGGAGACAUGAG